AUGUGGGCUUCAUUCCCUAACGCCACUCCAAGCCUUGGAUGGAAGAAAAACCAUGAUGAAUUCAUUCAAGUUUGUUCAGAAUACUCAGAUGAUGAAACCUCUUCAAAUGUCAAUGCCGAAGAUGGAUUGGAAUGCCCAAUAUGCUGGGAAUCCUUUAACAUUGUUGAGAAUAUACCCUAUGUCUUAUGGUGUGGCCACACGCUCUGCAAAAACUGCAUCUUAAGCCUUAGUAGGGCCCUUUUGAGAUUCACUGGUAUACAAAUUCAUAUUCCCUUCUUUAUUUUCUGCCCAUGGUGCCACUUGUUAACACCGAGACUAGUUUACAAAGGACAAUUGAAAUUUCCUAGCAAGAAUUUCUUCCUUCUUUGGAUGAUUGAGAGCUUAAACGAGAACAGAAUGAAGUCUCUUGACUCAGUUUUUUCACCAAGAAGCCCUUCAACUCUUGGAAAUCAGGCGAUCAACAACAGCCUCAUAUGGGCCUGA